AUGCCUUCCUGCAUGGAGACCUCGAUGAAGAUGGCCACAUGCACCUUCCUCCUGGUUUUAGAUGAAAUAGGGAGGACUAAAUCUACAAGUUCAACAAAUCCCUAUACGACCUCAAAGAAGCCUUCAGGACGGAACCUGGAAGUAGUAGUGCACAUGUUGGAGGUGAUGAUGCAAGGCUUUCUAGUAUGGGUGGAAGAGAUGGCCAGGGGUUUAGGGGAUCGGAGCUACACAAUUGAGCAGUUCAUGCGUAUGAAGCCCCCAUCGUUUUCUGGAGGGGCUAACCCAUUAGUGACAGAGAAUUGGGUCCAGGAUAUUGAGGACAUAUCAGCGAGAUUACUAAAGAAGCAAAGACCUGAGCCUAUAGCGGUGACCUGGAGCCGCUUCAGGGAGUUGUUCUUCGAGCGGUACUUCCAUGUUACUUUUAGUAGCACAAAGGCAGUAAAGUUUUUGCACUUAACGCAGGGGUAUAUGACGGUACAUCAGUAUGCCGCUAGAUUUAUUAAGUUGUCUCGCUUUGCUCCUUACUUAGUGCCAAAUAAGGAAAAGAAGGUGAGAAAGUUUGAGGAGGGCCUGAUUCAAAGAUUAUAUGAGCAAGUUGUAGGCUUUCGGGACCAAACUUUUUCAGAGAUAGUUGAUAGAGCCACCAUGAUUGAGAGUGGCCUACAGAGAGGCGUCGCGGCACAGAGUCAGAGGAAGAGGCCCGCGCCUUCAAAUUUUCAAGUAGGGUCUAGCCGAGAGCCUUGGAGGAGGCAAGAUAGCAGAGGAGGUCGGGGACAGUGGAUGGGAGACCAAGUGGUACAGGGCAAACUGAUGCCCCCUCUCUAUUCCAUAUGCUACAGGAGACACCCGGGAGAAUACCGGGUCAGAGCGAUGGUAUGUUACCGAUGCCAUCAACCGGGUCACAUGGCGAGAGAUUGCUGA